GAUGAGACGCAGCUUUUGGAUUGUGAAAGGAAGGCAAAAAAUGCGCAAUACAAUAAAUAAAUGUCUUUAUUGCCGAAAAAUGAACUCAAAGCCCUUUGAAAUUCCUAAAAUGCCUGUGCUUCCGGAAGAAAGGUUGAAAAAAUCGUCUCCGUUUAAAAAUUGCGGACUAGAUUACGCAGGACCGUUCCAAGUAAAAAGUGAAAAUAAAAUAAUAAAAGUUUGGAUUGAAGUAUUCACAUGUUUAAGCACUAGAUUUUCUCACUUAGAACUGAUAAAAGACCUUUCCGCUAACUCGUGUGUACAAGCUUUCCGUCGAUUUGUAGCAGAAUAUGGCAAACCUUCUCAAGUAAUUAGUGAUAAUGGCACUCAGUAUCGUUUAACUCAAAAAGUAAUUAAUGAAAUUGAAAGAAAAAUAGAAGGAGAAAAGAUUGAUUGGAGAUUUAUCCCGGCCGUAAGCCCCUGGUUUGGGGGAGUUUACGAAGCAAUAAUUAAAAUUAUGAAAAAAUCUUUAAAAAAUGCCAUUGGAAAAAGGAUGUUAAAUAUUGAAGAAUUAAGGACUUUACUUCCCGAAAUAAAAUAUGUAAUGAAUUCACGACCUUUAACUUAUGUUUAUAAUAAAAAUGAAGAUUUUGAUAUUUUACGUCCAUUAGACUUGGUACAACCAUUAAGAAUCACCGAUGAAAUAAAAUUUGAAGAUUUAGAAACAGACAACUACGUAUUAAAAAGCACACAAAAAAUCGAUAUAAUAAACAGUUGGAAAAACGCACAAAAGACUGUAAACGAUUUUUGGGAUAAAUUUCAGAAAGAAUAUCUUAACGAUUUAAAAGAGCGCGCAGAAAGACACACGCAAAAACAUUUUAAAAGGAAUUAUUCACCAGAAAUAGGGGAAAUUGUUUUAAUUCAAAAUACAAAUAUCCCCAAACAAUUUUGGAAUAUGGGAAGAAUUGUUAAUCUUAUAAAAAGUAAAGAUGGUUCCAUUCGCUCAGCAAAAAUAAAAUGUAAAAAUAAAAUAAUUAAUCGCGCGAUAGCCCUGCUGUAUCCACUGGAAUUAAACAUCUACGAAGAAAAUAAUCCCGAAAAAACUAUAAAAAUUGUUAAUGAAGAAGCUGUAAAUGAAGAUAAACAAAAGAAAAACCCUUACCAACUUAGGGAAAGAAAAAUAAAACAAAAAAUUGUUGAAGAUAGUUCUAGUGACGAGGAAAUUGAAAGCGGGAGAUGUAACAUGUUUUUCGAAGACAACCGCUAUCGCCCCUGCGCUUAUUGUGGAGGUCCGCAUAUGGACUACGAAUGCGUAUACUACCAAAGCAAUUCACACCAACGCGAAGUACCGCAGCGAAAUCAACAAAAGAACUCCCAAAAAGAAUCAAAAUAUAAUAAAUUAAUUGCAGAAAAUAAAGAAAUUAAAAAUGAGUUAGAAAAUAUUAAUGAGGAUAUUGCGGAAUUACAAGACUGGGAAGAAGAAUUUACUGAUAUCAAAAAAUCCUCAAAAGAAUUAGAAAUUAAAAAUAAAAAAUUAGAAGAGGAAUUAAAUGAAUGUAAAAAUAAAAUAAAUUCUUUGGAAGAAAAAAUAGUUAAAUCGGAGGAAGGGUUUGAAAGUAAAUUCAAUGAAAUGAAAAUAGAAAAUGAAAGAAUAAAAAAUGAUAUGAAAAGAGUAAUAAGAGACAUUUACGUUAAACCUCCUGAAAAAACAAAAACUAAAAAGGCAAGCUCAAAGAACACCAAAAAUAAACAAAAAGUUAAAACUGAAAGAAAAGAGAAAGGAAUGGGGACGAGCGCAAGCGCAUUAAAAACAGCCUUAACAAAUACAAUUGGCGCUAUUUCGAUCAUUCUCUUUCUUACAUUGAUUGGAAGCAUACACGCAGGUCCGUGCAAAUUAAGUGAAAAGACAACGCCUAUAGAGUUAAAUGAAUGCCUUGCUGACGGGUUUACAAUAAACAAGAGAAAGGACGGAACGAUUUGUUGGAAAAAAAUUAAGUUAGAGAAUACAGAAAAAAUCAAACAUCUACAAAAUAAUAAAUGUCUCUGUCCAAGCUGGGCGAUUUCCUGUUCAUUCUACACCGGUAAAGAAACAAAAACGUCAACACAAAAUAAUAAACAGAUUAUGGAUAUAAUAGAGAGAAAUAAACCCAAUAUAUGUUCAUUUAAUCCAGACCCAAAAUGUAAAGUCAGCCCGAUAAUAAAAACUCUCUACCAAAUUGAACUUUACGAUGGAUCAAAAUUUUUUGUAAAAGAAUUAAAUAUUGAAUUAAAAGAAACAAUUAAUGAAGAAAUUCAAUGUAUAGGAAAAGGAGAAAUUACAGGGUCCCCUCUAUAUUGCGCAAAAAAUCACUGUUCUGAAAGGGGAAGAAAAUUUUGCUUCUUUAUAAAAAAUGAAAUAGCGUAUUUUAAUAAAUUUCCGGUAAAAGCAUGGGGUUCAAUCGAAAAACAGAUAUUUGACUUUAAAAAUGAAAAAGACAAAGAAUGCCAUAAUUGUAAAUUGGAAUGUACAGAAGAAGGUGUAAGGAUUGAUACAGAUACAAAUUUAGGGGGAAUAGAAAUAUGCCUUGAAAAAUGUAUAUAUAUUUCUUUUCCCGAAAUGAAGGAAGAAAUUUUGCUCCCAAAAGAAGAAUUAAUCAAUGGAUAUGACGUUAAAGGAAUAUUUUUUAAAAAUGGGGAAAAUAUAAAAGAAAUACAUAUAAAAUGCGAGCCAAAACAAAUGUGCAAACUAAUCAAUUGUUUUAUUUGCAAAGAAAGAAUAUUAAACCCGAAAUGCAACCCAGAAUUGGCUAUAAUCAUGAUGGCGCUUAUAAUAUAUUUCUUCUCAAGCCUAAUCUACAUGUUCAUUCGCAUUUCAAUAUUUACAUUAAAAUUUACAUUUUGGAUUUUAAUGAAAAAAUUUUUAAUAUUUAAAUACAUAUUCACGCGCUACAAAAAACAAAAUCGUAAAAGAGAAGGAAGUGAAUUAGAAAAGAGUGAAAAAGAAAAAUUAUUAAAAAGUGACCGAAAGAAAAGGCUGCCAAUGAAAGUAGCUGUUUUAAUUUUUCUCUCGCUAGCGCAAAAUACAAAAAGUUUAACGACUAUAACAGCAGAACAAGAAAAGUGUAUAAUCAAUAAAAUGGGGUAUAGAAAUUGUCUCUUUGAAAAUGUUUUGUAA